UUGUUCGGUUCACAGUCAAGAUGCAAAACAUUCUGGGUAUAGCAAUCAGUGUUGCUCUUUUGAGCUUGGUGGCCGGUCAGGCGUCGAACGUCUCUCAGUCCAUGGAUCUCUACAUAUUGCAAAACCAGCGGCAGUACGAUGCAAAGCUCAAACAAAUAGAAGAUCAGUUGGCCAACUUUAGGAUUCUCUUUAGCAAGCGAAUCGAGGCCCUGACUGUUCAGGCGGAUUCGAUGCAGUCGAAACUGGAGCAAGCCUCCGCUCAGCUGGAUCCCAUCACCCUGAUUGAUUCCUGGACCAAGCAGUGCGUUCAAAACUAUAGUGUCACCAUACCGACGAUCAGCGCCGCCAGAACGUCCAUUACCAACUGUGCGCAGAGCAUCAGUGGGGUUUUAAACUCCCCCGAGAGUACCUAUAAUCAACUAAAUAAUUACUAUAAAAAUAAUUUGAAAAACGGUCUGGCACAAUGCUUAAAGCUUCAUCCUGUUGCUCAGUUAAAUUACACGCUCUGUGUGACCAAGGUGAUCGGCGAUGCCAAUAAGCACACGGUGACCACCGAGAAUAACUUUAAUACAUACCUUAAAAGUUCCGAGUGUACUGCUGAAAGUCGUAUACGAAGUUCCUGGCAGUGCUCCUUUGCACAGGUGUACUCCAUUACCUCCAGCGUGGAAGUUGCCUUGAAACUCAUCGACAACUGCAUUGAAAAUAGACAGGUGUGCGGCUCCAUCACCUGUUCCACUGACAGGCCCACGUGUCCGAAUGUCACGAAUGUAACUCUGGCCGAGAUCAAUCCCAAGAACGAUACCAUCCUGAACCCAUUCACCUUUGUCACCGACAAUAUGGGCUGUGUUGAGUUUAGGAUCAGGAGUUAAAUA